AUGCAACGAACAUCAGCAAUUCAAUCGACAUCAACAGUCGAACCACAUAUUCAAUAUGAAGAUAAUUAUGAUGGAUCAAGUAUAUGGAUAGUCUUCCGUAAAAUGCUUUUUUUUACAUUACUAAUGACAAUUGCACCAUUAGGAUCAUUUUUUAUUGCAAAAGAUUAUAUAUUCCAAGGUAUAUUUCAUAUAUCUAGUAGUAGUAGUUAUACAUAUUCAGCUAUUGUUGCUGUAAUUGUUGUUCAUAUUGUAUUAAUUUCUUUUCUAAUUGUGGCAUUUCGUGAAGAUAUUCCAGAAAAGAAAAAAUCAAUUGGUCCAACAAAACGAUCAACUGGCAAACAAGAUUAA